GUUAUAUGUGUUGCUUCUUUUAUUAAAUUUUGAACGCGAAUAAUAUUAGAAACACUUGUGAUGAAAUCAAUUGCUAAACCCAAUGUUCAAGCCAUUACCACACUACUUAAAAAUGACUCACUAAACUGUACCGCGUGAGUGAAGAACACUCGUGAGCUCACUAUAAUAGUACACCAAAAGCUGCGAAGAGAAUUUAAUCGUGUGGUGAAAGCGCACAGUGACAAACGUGUUCUAUCGAGUUGAUACGGGCGAGCUCAUAUUCUAGUCCGACAGCAUGAGUUUAUCGUGCGAAAUCAACUUUCCCUACAACUGGGCCGAGGAGUUCUACUACGGCGAACGGUUACAUCUCUCGGUUGCCCUCAAGUGUCACAAACAGCUCACGGUGAAAGGUGUCGCAUUGAAUGUUUCAUACAGAAGUGAGCGGGAAAGCCAGUCGAAUGAUUACAGCAGGUACAUUGAUGAUCAAGAGGAGGAGUCUCAUACUAGGAAUAAUUGUCAGGAGAAAAGCAGCGUAAAACAUCACAGCGAAAUAGAUCUUUUAGGAGCAAGAGAAUCGUUCAUAGACAUGCUUCCUGGCACGUACAUUUUUGACUUGGAAUGUUUCCUACCAGAAAUCACAAGUGAAGAGCGGCCAUCAGAAGAAGGUGUAGCAUCAUUCAAAUUUGCUUUAGUUGUUCAAAAGAUUCCAAAAGCAGACCUCAUCAGUCAAAUCCCAGUGUCGGCCUUACAGUUAAUUCAGCUGGAACCAAUCAAACGGAAAACAUUUGUUUGGCCAGGAAAUUUUGAUAAAAUCUCCGACUUUUCGGUGGCAUCAGCCAUAAUUGGUUACUAUUUUGUGACGAAUCUUGAAGAACCCGACAAUCGCCGCAACUACAGCGAAGAGAGUGAAAAUGAGGAUAGUUUAGAGUCUUGGCUAGAUUGUGUACUGGAAAAACCCGAUAGGGUGGAAGAUGAUGAGGAUGAAGAGGACGGAUUUCGUGACGAGGAAGAAACUAGUAAAGGUGAUAACGUUGAGGAGGAGGAAGAUUGAGACAUCAACUUAUCAGCCAAAUCUCUGUGAUAAACAUUAGUUUAAAUUUCUCUAAUUGAUUUUGAUCACUUUAUUUAUAUAAAUUAUCUGUUAGCAGUUAAAGGACUUCAACAUGUUUAGUUUUUAAGAACAUGAGGUCAAUGACAUGAGACUUCGGUAAACGUUAAGGCCGUUGCAAAUAUUUUUUGAAGUUUAUUUCCCUCGACUCUGACCAAAGUCGUGGGGAGGGGCUCAAAAUUUUCCUUUUUGAGUCCCGUAAAACAUUUAAAAAAUACGUAAAAAUGUGUAUAAUUUGUAUUAAGAGUGUAACCUAUUUGUUCUAAAUUAUCUACAACAUAAAACUUUGCUGAAGCAACCGACCUGAAAAUUCCUUCCAAAGCUACAUAUUUUCGAAUAUCGACAAAUCAUUUUUGUAUGGACGACUGCCAAAAUUGUAAGGAGACAUGCAUGGACGAAGCAAUGAUGCAAAGGGAUGUUGUUGUUGUUGUUGUUGAUUUUAUUAAGGGAACUUUAACCCUAUGGGUCAUUCGCUCCCGUAAUGCAAAGGGAAUCCCCUAAUGAACCAAAUAAAAAAAUACACUCAACCCCCGGUGGUUGGUCAGUUUUUCGUUUGACACUUUUUUAGUUUGUACCCUGUUGGUUGGUCAAAGUCAAACUAAAAAGUGACGAACUGUCACUUUUUCAACGGUGCUCACGCACACUAUCAAAACAAACGGUUGGUAUUGUGCGUGAACUUCGUGUAAAAGGGUAUCAAACUAAAAAUUGACCCCGUUCGUUUGACAACAGUUGAUGUCAAACCAUCGGGGUUUGAGUGUAAAUAAAAAAUGAAUGAAAUCAAGAAUUGCUGCUUUUUUAGUUAGCACAGAGACGGAAAACAAAAACUUAUAAAAGAUUUCCAAACGUCAAUGCUCCAAUAAUAAAAACUUAUUUUGAUCAUGUAAAAACAAACAUUCAUUUGAAUGAAAUUUAUGUUAAAAAUUUGUUAAGCAAUUGCAAUUGUUUUUCAAAGCUUAUGUUAUUGGGCUCUGCUAUUUCAACAACUAUUCAGACUAUGUAUCUAAAUAACAAAAUUUGGUAUUCUAGCUUACUUUUUUAAAAGGUCCUACCCAUUCCGAUAUUAUCACUACCUGAUAAGGAAUGAGAACUGAACCAUAAAUUUAUUAUCAUUAUUCAAUGCACCAUAUACCGAAAUCUCACAAUAUAUCCCAUUACAAAAGAAUACUUUUUAUUUAAGAUUGAACAGCAACCAAACAAAGUUGUUGUCUUCAUAUACCAAAGUUGUCGAACCUACUGACCCAAUCCUACAACAAUCCGUUUGUAAAAAUAGUCAAACUUUGUUGUUAAUUAUUACAGUACUUCAGAGGAUGAAUAAAAACUUAUAUCGAUUGUUCUUGUGGGUAAAAUACUAAAAUGUGUGCCAAAAAAAACUUGGUGCCGUAAACUGGGGUCAAUCGGGACACAUGGGACGAAUUGGGACAGCAGUUUUAACCAUGUUGGAGCACAAUAUUUUGAUCUUUCUGGUUGGUUUCGGUUAGAACAGACGCAGGCCAACAAAAUGUGUACAUCCAUUUCCAAAUUUAAAAGCUUUAAGUGCUCUCAAAACUGCUGUCCCUAUUCAGACUGUAGUCCCGAUUCACCCCAGAUUACGGUGCAAGCUCUAGUUGAUUUGCACCAUUUAAAUUUAAGUUUUACAAGGUCUGUGAUAUGAGUAUAUUUUAGCUACUGCCUUAUUAUCAGAAAAUAAAACAACCCACAAAUGGUAAUAAAAUAUCAUAAUCUAGUUUUUAUUGAUCAGCAAUCACUUACAAAGAUACAGUUUUAUUUUUUCUCUCAACGGAAUGGUUCGGGUCGGGAAACUCUCAAUUCUCUGCGCUGCUUCUCCACUUGAGUAUUGAUGACGGGGGAAAAACACAGAGCAGGAAAUAAAAAACUACAACAGGCUACACCCUUAUGAUAUCUGAGUUAAUUUGAAAAUUGUCCUACUUCCCUAAGAUUGCAAUUCAAUAAAAAGUUCUACCACACUUUUCGACACUCUAGCACUACUUUCUACAUCACCAAAUUGGAAUGGUUCAGUUGAUGCAUGCUGCUGUUCGUACGGGUGUGUGGGUGUGGUUGAGUGUGUGUUUGUGAGAAUUGUAUUCCUAAGCCGCCCCUUUAGCGAUGUAUUAGUAUUUAGUAUAAAAGUCAUAUUUACACGCGAAACUCACUUCACCUGCAGAGAAGAGAACAAUAUACGAGCAGAGAAUUUUGGUGUCGAACACGACCAGCUAUCGGUUUGGAUUUUUCGUUCUCUUGGUAACACUAUCAAAUAAACAGCACAUUUUAAGUUCUCUCUUGUAGUUUAACGAAAAUGUCAUUUUGCUUCGAAUGUUUGCUUUCAUUUGAUGAAAAUCAAAUAUUGUUCCUUUUCCGAUUCAGUUAUUGGCACAAAAUAAUCGACUUUUGUGACUAGGAUUUCAUCUUGAUCAGACAUUCUCU